AUGGAAGCGUUCAGGAGAGCCGCGAAAAGGGUCGCGGACCGGACGGACGAUCAGCAGUUGGACUGCGCGCUGAUGGCGUCCGUCCAAAAGCAGCUGACCGAAGUAGCGGACGCCGUGGCUGCCGUCCGUCCGCUGGCCGAGCUCCCGGACCCGGAGAGACGGGAAUGCGCCAAGACGUCGGCGGUGAAACGGUACGCGGCCAGGUCCGUCGUUUACGGUAAUAUUACACACAACACGCCAAUCCGAAAUUAUCGUUGAACGCCAUUAGCGUAGUAGUGUGACAUCGUGUAAAUGGGAUAGUAACGAUAACGAUCAUUGGAUACAAAAUAUAUGAAAAUUUACGUAUAGAUUCGAUUUAAAGACAACGAGAUAACGAGUAAUUUUUUAAACGCUUGUAUUCCACAUUUUAAGUGCUUUUAGAUCCCAUUGACAAAAAUGUCAUUAGUGUAACUACUCUAUUUAAACAAUAGUUAAAUAUUGUGGUUUGUAAAUAUUACUCAUAUUUGAAUACAAUAGGUAUGAACGUUAAACAUAAAAUUAUAACAUGUGUUUUUAGUUCGAGGAUUAGCUAUUAAAUCUUAACGAAGUAAAUUUUCUGGAGCAGGUCGUUAGUCUGCUGCGAAUCUUCUUGGAGGGAGAACUUAACAACUAUUUCAAGUUACUGAGUGGCUAUUGAAACGUAUUUAGAGACGUAUAUUACUGAAUGCUGUUAACUAUAAUUCGUGGUAUUGUCUUACCCGUAAACAAUAAAGAUUCCCAUGCGAGAAUGCAUUUUUUUAUUAUGAAAGCUAAUAUUUCAGUGGGGCAGAACAUGCUCGGAAAAAUCAAAACGAAAUAAUAAAAACGGUGAUUUAACAACGUCCGUGCGGUGAAAUACCACUUGAAGGGCUAAAUGCAAGAUUGAAAUUCUUAAUUAAAAACGUUACGAAAACAUUAGGUAAAGGCUUAAAUUAUUGGAAAGAAAAAGCAACAGAAGGAUGAAGGAUCGGGUAUGAAAUUAGAACCAUUACAACCAUGCAAAUAAUAAUAAGAAAGUAUUUGUUUUUAACGUGACUAUAAAUGUUUGGAUCAAAACGAUCCAAUAAUUAAUGAUAACAGACUGAUAAAAAGAAUUAUAUCAUUACAAGUAUUGAAACAAUAAUAUUAGGUAGUUUAACACAAUAAUUGUAUAGUUUUUCGACCAGAAAUCAUGUUCCGAUGAUAUCGGAUGUGUGAUUUCUGGUGUACAUUUUGACUAUUCGGUGCGACGGCGAGAGCGUUUUUAGGUUUUCAUUGCACUCUUCUCAAUGAGGUAAAACCGGAGGAAAAAAUAUCAGAAAACACGAGUAUUUCGCCUUUCACAACGACAUAGGUCGUGUAUUCAAAUUUGUAUCAUUUUUCACCAUCGUCCAUGACCUUCUCUACUCAUUCAAAGAGAUUAAAAUGUGAGAUACGACUUCGGUCGUUGUGGCAGGUGAUAUUCUUGUUGGUCUUAAAUCUUUCAUUUGGUCAGCCGCAGCUUUACAUGUUUCUCUGUCAUUACUUAGCUUUUUCAACUUCCGUUAACUUUUCACUUUCAUAUCCUACAGGUAUGGUGUGUAUUUCAUUGUUGGUUUUCUUCUGCUAGUUUUACCAUCUACAUAGCCUUGAAUGAUCAUCACUAGUACGUGAUCUAUCAUAUAACAAUAUGUACUUUUGUACUUCUAUUUUUAAAUAAAUUCCAAAGUUGCUUUUUUUCCUUAAUUGUAUUAUAUUCAACACUUCUUCAUUUUUAACUCUAUAAUACCAUGAAAUAUUGAGUAUCCAUUGGUAACACCACAUUUCAAAAGCUUCUAUAUUUUUAUUCUCGAUUCGUUUACAGUUCAUGUUACACGUCAUUAUAAGGUCUAGUUUAAUAUGCGUGUUUUUAAAAGAGUAUUUCCUAGUAUUAAACCCCACACUGUUAUGGCCAGUAAAUGAUUUUUAUUUCGAAAAGCUCUUUUUCCUUGUACAAUCCUACUGAUUAUAUCCAACUUGCUUCUACUAUACUCUGUUAUUUUACUGCCAAGAUAACUAAAAAGCUUUUCACAAUUUGCGGCCGGUAAUAUUAUUAGAGAUAAAAAGUUGAAUGAAGUGAGAUACGACCGUUUUCGUUGCGACCGGCGAUUUAUGUUCAUUUAUAUUUUGUUUCCGUGUUGUGAUUCAGUGAAAACAAUCGUAAAAUCCUUAAAUGUCUGCCUAAUAUCUACUUCAUUAAUUAGCACAACUUAGAAUUAAUGCAAUGUUUUGAAAAUAUUCUGCCAUUUUUAAAGUCAAGUAUUUAUAUAUUUAAAGCUAGUUGAAAUGUUGGAGUUUUUGUUUGAUUUUCGAUAAAUAUUUUGUGACUACGUAUAAAUUCUCGAAUUUGAGUUAUUAAUAACUGUUUGUUAUUUUCGAGUUUUGUUCGUUUUUUUUUUUUAUUCAUGGAUAAUCAUUUUUAUCAACAUUUUAUUUUAAAAUUUUUACUUUGUGGAUACAAACGCGAAAUGUUAUAAUAUACUUUUUAGAUACAAAUUAAUAGAGUUUUAUCCGAAAAAAUGAAUACCUCUCAUUUUCCUUUCUUCAUUCACCUUAUUUCUAGGGCUAGGGAUAUGCAUUAUGAAAACGCCGAUUAUCACAUCACUAGAUCGGCCCGUAUACUUGUUUACUUAUUUUUAUCAGGACGAUUCGAUAAAUUUCAAAUAUAUUUCGUGUGCAUCAAAACGGCUGGAAUUCGGCUAUGAACAUUUUAAAACCCACCGGAAACAAGAACAAAAUAUAUUACUGGACAUAAAAUAAAUAAUAGGUACUUAUUAAUAUUAUUUUUAAUACGCCGUUUUAGUGCGUGAAUCGUUGACCCAUUCGGCGUUUGAGUCAGCGAAGUUUUACGGACAAUCGGGCGCGCACGCAAAACAUUUUUAUUUUGCCGCGAUGACUUUAAUUUGUACGGUGAAACUAACGAUAAUAUUUUUUAAAAAAAAUUGUAAAAUCUCGAACAAAGUGAUGUUGUACGCGAUUAAAAAAUAAUUAUAAUUAUAAUUAUAAUAAAAGCAUAACGUAUUGAACAUGCAAUUUAUACAUUUUUUUUUUUUAACAUAUUUUAUUAUUGUUUUGUUGUGUUUUAAACGUCCUAAAAUACAUUUUAGACCUUUAUUUUUUUUUUUGCAAGGACAAUAAUUUCGAUAAUUAUGAUAACACAUGGUAGCAUAUCUAAUGAUUAAGAGACGUCGUGAAUUACAUUUUAAAAUAUUUAUAAUACAUUUAUAGAGUUUAAAGGUUCGCGUAAAGGCAGUUUAACGAAUUAAAAAAAAAUAAAAUUGAUUAAUGAUUUGAUUAAUCAAAUUUGUAUUCAAUGUCAAUGUAGAGUUAUAAACGGCCCGGAGUUUUUAUUACGUACAAUUAUUUAUUGCGCAAUCAUGCCAUUUGUCCACAAACAAAUGGGGAAAUUAUCAUCAACCGAUAACUUUUGAUCAACAUUUCUUACAAAUAUAAAUAAUUCUUUUUAAUCACUGAACUGAGUGUAAAAGUAGUAAGAGCGCACCAGAUUUGUUAUACGUUUAGAUUUAUAACAGAUUGCGCGAAUGAUGUAACUUAAUAAUUGUAUUGAUUUAUUAAAUCGUAUUACUAUAAAUAAAAUCCGGUUUAGCGUUGUUUGAUCGUUGAAAAGAACGCGAAUAAGUUGGGUUGGACAUGCGUGUAAAUCGAAACUACUGGACAAAUACUUGGACAAAUAACAGCGUAGAAACUAAACAUAAAGAGACCUAUAGGACGAUCCAGACAGGGUCGGGCAUACGGAAUAAAGGAAGAUCUGAGGAUAUUGUGAUUAAGAAAUGCAGAAGAAAUUGCAAAAUACAGGGGAAUAUAUGUUGCGCGUUAUGUUGUUACGGUAAUGGACCCGAAUGGCCUGUAAAAAGCCGAAGAAGAUACUAUGAAUAAAAUAUUUUAUUAAUUUGCAUAGUAAAUCUCAGAUGUCUCUUGUUUUACAUUUACUAUUCAUCAUGUGUGUCGCCAUUUUGCGAUUUGUUUGUUUUUUUUUUUUACCAUGUAAAUACUGAGCGUGCACUGCUAGUGCUAUUGGAUCACGUUGUAGUCGCACUCGGAGAGUAAUUUGCCGUGCAAUCAAAAAAUGGUGCGUCCCAUAAAACGCUGAUAAGAUCAGUAGUUGUUCGCUGUCUCGUUAUACCAUAGACUCUCUCUCUCUCUAUUAUGUUCACGUAUAGGUAGGCAGGUUGGCCGAACGUCGAACCGAUAUCAUAUUUGAAUAAAGCAAACCUUUGAAAAAUGUAAUUGUUUCGUAUCGUCCAAACAGGCAAAAACAUAAACUGCACUGACCGAACAUCGAAAUUAAUUGAAAUUUCUUAUAGUUUGUAAAUAUAUUUAAUUUAAAUAAUUCCGAAUCGUUUCGUAUUAACGUACGAUUUCAACAUUUCUUUUAGCAUUUACCAAUAAUCUUAUUUGAAAAUAACUAAUCGUUUAUAGGGAAAAUAAUUUAAUUUAUUUAAUUUUAUAAUUUCCUAUAGUGAACGUGUAAUAUUUCUUAAAAUACGAUUCGGAAUUUGUAGUAGUGUGUUGUCAUUGUCAUUGUCAAUAAAUAAUAAUACGAUUAUUAUUAUAACGGACAAAUACGUCGUACGAAAAAUAAUAAUUACUUUUUGAUGUUGAUAAAACGUAACAAGUCAAUUCCUUGCGUCAUGGUACAAACGUCAAAAGUCGUUCGACGGAUACUGUCCGACAAUCACAGUUAUAUUUUGUUUUCAAUUCGUUUUGACACAUCGUCGAAUCACCAAAUUUAACUAUAACGAGCAUACACACCCUCGGUGGGUAUAAUAUAGGAAAACUACUGCAAACUAAAAACGAUUCUGAGCGAAAAUCGGUUAUAUAUAUAUAUAUAUAUAUAUAUAUAAUGAUAGAACCGUAAAUAAAAUCGAAAAACCAUUUCUUCCAAUGGCACAUGCCGCAAUUAGAUAUGAUCUAUUAUCAGAAAUUUUACUCCGACCAUUUCGGAAAAAUUCCUGAUAGAAAAGUUAUUAAUAGACCAACAAAAUGCAUCAAACAUGAAACCACGAAAACCAUGAAUAAUUAAUAAAUAUGUAUGCUCACAGUAUACGUCAGUCUGUAACGAUUUUGUUCCUUUACGCCCCAAUGAAUAUCCAAGCAUUUAGGUGCCGUGUAGAUUUGGUUAGGUACCAUAAUAUCAUUUGCAAAACUGUUUCUUCUAGUCGGAAUGUUUUCGUUAUUGUAACAAUGUAUCGCGCGUAUCAAUUAUAAUGUUCCUAAUGUCCGGAUUUUAAAUUCUAGAAUUUUCUAUUCCGGGUUUUUAUAUGCCUUGCGGGUAUUUUUAUCGUAUUUAUACUGAAAAGAACGAGCUUCUCCGCUACGCUCGACAACUGAAAUUUAAUAAAAAACAAUAUGUCGUCAUAUUAUAGAAACUCGGCGCAUGCGAUCGUUUUUUAUAUUCUAAUAAUAUUAUUUUUGACGUGGUAUCCGACCGCUGCAAUAACCUGAACGACGAGUUUUGGGGCCCGCGGCGAAAGUGGUGCACGUCGAACUGCAGCAAGUGCAAUUUCUAAAAUAUAUCGAUACCGUUGUUUUUUUGUAUAUUAUGCGGAGAGAUUUCCGUAAAAACCCGAUCACCCUGUACACAUUUUGUACAGUGUACAAUAUUAAAUUGCGUCGUCUAGUACGACUAUAAUAAUGACAAUAAUGCAUAAUAACCGUCUGUGGUGCACACCGGUCGUAAAAUUCGUCCCAGUUGUCGAAUAAAAAAAUACCGAGUACCUACUCGGAAAUGCAUAACGUGUCUGCAGAUUACGAAACGGAAAAAACCUACAAUAUUUUUAAUCGUUCAAAAACGAAUUCUCGCAGCAUAUAUAACAAUAAUAAAAACAAAAAAAAAAACCAAAUCACUGCGGACACUAAAGUCGAAUUUUCCUCCAACUGACUUGUCGUCGUUGCAAUAUUUAAUUGUUUUUUAUUAUUGUAGUUUAUCCAACAUAGUUAUAGUCGAUAGAGUUUUAUUGCAUUUUGUUUUGUACGGGGCAAUCAAAAUUCGGUAUCACCCGCAGAAUUAUGCGAUUUACCAUAGAAAUCGUCGGGUAGGUGUUUGAGAGUUGAACAACCCGAAAGACAUGCCCUCGGCAUUUACAACACAGGUAUAUAAAAUUUAAUUUUCUUGACUUCAUUUAGAGCCCGUAAGUUUGGCGAGUGAGUUUGCUAUUUGAAUCGGUUGUAAACAAUAUUAUGUUAACUGCGCGUCUGCAGCGUCAAGAAAUAUGUUCAAAGUAUUUUAGUUUUUUUUUGCAAACAAUUAAAAAAAAAAUAACUUAAUUUGUUAACUGAAAUAACAUCAACGAGUUUAAAUUUUAAGUUUUUGGUAACUUUUAACUGAAGGCGUUUUAGUUAAAAAGGCGUUUUAAUUUUGCGUUUUAGUUUUAUACAAUACUUCAUUAGUUUAGCUUGACUCAAUAAAGUUAAUAAUUAUUUCCAGUAACUCACCCCCUAUACAGAUACGACUGCUGCAGAGUCGGUAUAAUUUAUUCCCGACAACUUCAGUCUCGCCAAACACGUCCUAUAUUGUUUUCAUCAGACAAAACAUAAAAUCGUUAUCGAUUUUCACCGAAUUAUAUCGGUAGUUUCUUAUGAUUAUUAUUUAUUUUUCUUUUUUACCGUAUAUGCCGUACUUUUUGUUUUUAUUGUUGAAAUUCAUUGCUUGUAACGUAAAGAACACAACUAAAAUUUUUUUCUAUUAAACUAUUCGAUAUUUAUCGAAAUGAUUUUCACAUCAACAACCAUCUGAUUAUUGAAAAAACUUUUCAAUUAGCAUUUAUUUGAUUAGUUUACAUUCGAAUAGUUUUGAUUCGCUUAUGGAAAAAAUUAUUGGAAUAUUUUUAAUUCGUUAUUUUUUCGAAUUAUUUGAUAGUUUUAACGAAUACAACUAUUCGGUCAUAGAAAAAAAUAAUUCGAACUGGACAUCCGAUUGUACAUUUCAAACAGUGGUUUUCAACGCCUUUCGGGCGAGCCAGGAUUACUGUAUAAAUGAGUUCGACACGUGUUUAAAGCUCUGCAGCCAUGGCAAGGGCUAUCUAAUUUAAUUAAUUUAUAGAAAAUAUAAACAACGGUCUUCCGAAAUUGAGCAUGUUAAAAUGUUUUUUGAAUAAUAUUAUUCCUUUGUAUCAUCAAAUUUCAAUCCCUUAUUAGAUAAUUUCACUGCUUAAGUUCCAGGUGUUUGUUAUGAUUAGUUUGGUUACAGUUUAUAUGCAAUUAUAAUGGGUUAUUAAAAACUAUGCGUCUAGGUCUUUACUUACGCUUACGUCCCUUGUUUUGGGCAUAAUGUGAGGGGGAAAUGACCGUGUUUUCACAAAAGCUGUGUGCACUCAUGAAACAAUAUUAAGUAUUUUUAAGGUUGUUUAUUUUCUUCAGUAAAACUUUUUUCUAUUGAUUCUGAGCGAAGUGACAAAUGUUGUUUAUUUUUAAUAUUUUUUUAAUCUGUGAACAAAUUUUCUACCAGAAAUUUUACUCCGAUUUCCAAUUGUAGUACUUUUCCAAAAGGAAAUUUGACUGGAGUGGUACAAUAAGAAGUUCAUAUUUUAAUCUUCCCAGGAGUUUUUUUAAUAAAUGAGAAUAAAAAUGAGAAAUAUUAAAUUUGCCUUCUAUCUUCUCAACUUCUCACCUAUAAUAGUAUCUCACCCAUCGUGCGAAUUAUGUCUGUUUUUUUUUUUUACAAUUUAACUCAUAUUAACCUUAACUAUCUAAUCUCAACUAUAGGAUUUUUGCAUAGGGGGUGUUGAAAAAUCGUUUACUUUUUAAUAGGGUGGUAACUUUAAGAAAAUUGAGCAACACUUAUCUAAAUUACUGAAAACUAUCGAUGGUAUAAUUUAUUCAGACAUGCCCAUUACAAGGUCGACAUACAGAUCUAAACUUUCAAUAUUUUUAUGUAAUAACGACUACGUCGCAGGUGUACUAAUUGAAAUAUUAUGUGAAAAAUACUCUACCGUAAUAUUCUACGUAACAUAAGCUAAUGAAUUAGAAUCGUAAACGUCGUUCGCUUGAAGGAAUGGCGAGCAGAAAAUUGUAGUACUAAUGGUCGGCCAAUAACGCGGGAAAAAAAUUGAAUAAAGUUUUCAUUGCUCGGGCGAAAACGACGUGGCGACAUCGGAUGGAAAUGGACUAAAGCGAAUUACUUGGAUAAGGGAAAACGGAUUGUCCCCGCAUAAAAUAAAUACCGCCGUAAUGAACAGUAGGUAGGUACCUCGGUACCUGUCUAACUAACGGUUAGUACGUACAAUAUUUUAUUUCGUUUCAGUAUUUCGCCGUCGGACGUUCUUAAAUUAAGUUUAAAAGCGAAAAUAAAAACGAAACUUCUCGCACCGGAGUUUCGAUUUAUUUUUUUGGUCGUAGCUUUCACGUGAUCUCACGGGACCAAUCGCGGGAGCCGCCCAGGAAAAUCGGCCGCCUUACCUCGGCCACCCGGGAUCCCGCGAUUUUCCGUGAAAACCCUAUAGCCGCCAUCCCCACAGUGAGUUAUUUAUUGGCUUUGACGUUUUUACACGUGACCCGUUUGUGGAUUGCAUGGACGACGACGACGACGAUGUCGGCGUACUUGUUUUUCUAACGUCCCGAAAUUAGCUCUAUACCCAAUUCACGAAAUGUAAACUGUCCGUACCGGGAAACACGCGGAAAACCUUUUGUCGUUCAACCCAUCAAUCCUCAGCCACAGUGAUCAGAUUAGAGGAGCGUCCCUUUAAUUACACGUUUAACUGCGCGCUUCUAGGUUUAUACGGGAAAAAUCUAAAACAAAUACUUCAUUUAUAUAUAUCAUACCUUAAAAAAUGGGAAAUUUUCAUCUGAUGAUAGCUUAAUUAAAAUAUGUCUUGAAAUUUUAAGCAGUUAACCUCUUAGGUUCUUUUUUUUUAUUUAUUUUUUUAAGAUUACUGAGUUACCCGAUGAGCAAAUACACGACUGUACUCAGAAUGGUUUUUUGUAGUCAUAAAAUUAUUAUAACGUCAUCUAUAAUAUGAUUUUUAACAGGAGUAGAUUUGGGUACCUUGUAAAUAAUAUAAUCAUAAAUAAAUCGUAAAAAUUUCGUUUAUUAUACCUGAUCCGACAGUUGGUAGUUUUAAACAAAGAUUCACAAAAACCCACUCUUAUACAGAUUUCCCUUUUAGCUGGGAUCCAAAAAUUUGACUAUGCGUGCAAUCGUUUCUAUAAUUUGACGGGGACCAUAAUUUGAGUGUAUAUACGAAAAAUAAAGAUAUUUUUUUGUCAGUUUCAUGGCUAUAUUAUUAUAAGUUAUUUUAUUUUCAAGUACUUUAGUUUUAUGUUUUUUUUUUUUUUUAAGAUUACUCUAACUGGUUUAGUUACAUUUUACACUGGUUUAUCAAUUGAACUGUUAUAUUUCCUUUCCUAAAAAAAAAUAUGUUUUGAAAGAAACAAAACUGGGGAUUUAUCAUGUUUUUAUAUUUUCUCUCGAAAAAUGAAACUUACAAGAUUUUACAGAAACUCUAGGAUAUUUUCCACGGCGUCCGUUUAUACAAAUAAUAUACGUCUGAGGUAGCAUAAAUCCAUUCCGGCCAACAAUACCAAUUUCACGUACACAAUUACCACUAAAUUAUAUUAUAUAGGUCUGGAGGUACCAGGUCUAGGUGGCUAUUAUUAUUAUAAAAUAGACUCUCCAAAAUAAUUUAUUCAUUUCUUUCGUUGGCCGUUUCGACUGUGCCUCGAAAGUAUAGUACCUACCUUCGAACCAGACCCCUUUUCACGGUCUUACACUUGUAAUGAACCGCGUAACCCUUUUAUCCCUAAAUACACUCGGCGUAUUGUACGGAUUAGGGUAUAAUUAAGUACUUAUUUAUAAGUUGUAACCAGAAAAAGUUCGACGAACAAUUAUUUCGGCAACGGUUGUUGAAAAUACGUCGUAUUUUGUUGUGUGUGCUACGUUCUAUUAUAGGGAUUUGAUGUCCAAAAUUUUUAUUUUUCUCCCUUUGGAAAUUAACUCAAAAUUAAUUACAGUAAUUUAAAUAGAUGCGUCAUUAAGUUAUUUUUCUCGUAAAUGUGUAAAAUAAUAACACAAUUAAAUUUAAUAAAUUUCAAUCGACUCCUUACGUCGCAUUUUUAAAACAAAUUUCGGAAUUUAUUUAUCGUGAUAGCAGUGGUAGCUUGGCUGGAUUGUAAACGUUGUUAUCGAUUAUUAUUGCCGAACGAUAAAGAUACGGCUGAUGCACGUAUACCGCAUAGUCACUACAAUGGUUGGUAUACUAAUAUUGUCGCCAAAUCAAUUUUGAUGUACGGCCUGAUCAAUCGUAGUCUUAACCACUCACUAUUCCUGUUAGACUGUUAUCAUGCGAACAAAAAAAAUUGAAAAUUAAUUUUUACCAAUCGAUACGAUUUUGUUGUUUUAAAGUUAAAUAAUUUUAAAAUAUUUUAAAUUUUUCGGGAAUAAUGUUCAAAUAACACAUUUUGUAUUUUACUAAAAUGUAUAGGCAAAUGCGAAUAUUUAAAAAACAAAAAAAAAAAAAGAGAGCCUAUAUUGGACGAGCGUUCGAAACGGCCAUCUUCGAAUAGGGAAACAGAUAUGGAGAUAUUCGUCUGUUGUUAUAUUUCCCGUACAUAUAAUACAACGUUUUCGUUUAUUCCGUUUGAUUUUACCUACACUUGGCGCACCCAACGGACACGUUGAUUAGGGGUGUUUAAUUUUUCCAUAUAUACAAAUAUAUUAACUAUACCACUGUGACAUCGCUCGUGUAACGAUUAAAAACCCUUUUUAUUAACGAUUUAAAUUAUUUAGGGUACCUAAAUUAUGUAAUGCGAGUAGCUAUAGGUACACAAAAAGUUAAAUCCAAUAUCCGGAUUAAUAUAAUAUCCUGCCGACAAAAAAUGCCAAAGAUUGUACACACGAUAUUCGUUUCGUUAAAUUAUGGGUUAUAGUGUACAUUUGGUGGUAGGGAAGGGAUAAGUGAAAUAAUCCAAAAUUGAUUAAUAUUUCACUUAAACAAAUACAAAUAUCGAUUGAAAUUAAAUAGCCUUUUUAAAAAAAACUCUCGAUUAUGGUGAACUGUAAUGAUUUUCAAGCUUUUACGAAUCGCAAACCCUCUAUUUUUUUUUCAUGUAAGACGACCCCUUCAAAAAUUGCUUCAUAGAGAGAGAAAACGAGAAAAAUUCAAAAUUAAAAAACUUUAAAUUAAAUUUAAAUUUAAAUUUACAACAAAAUAAUGUUAUACCUGUACUGUACGUUACUCAGAUUUACUAUUGUAGUCGCGUAGAUAAAAUGUUAAUAAUAAUACGGUGAUACCGGUGAAUGUAAACAAGAAAACCACAAGGAAAAACCGAACAGGUAAAAAAAAAAAAAAGCCCCUUUGUUGUUUUAUUGUUGUUAUACGACUCGGUUAAAUUUAAAUUUGUAUUUCCUCCCAAUAAUAUUACAGUAGCAUAAUAUAUACAAGUAUGAAUUUAUCGUUUUAAUUUUGUCGACGCGGAGAAAACUUUUGUAAUUCGUUUCGAUAAAUCACAAAACCUCUUCGUUGCCCGGGAAUUCGACGUAAUAAUAAUAUUUCGACAAACAGAUUUUAACGGUAAAUUUUCCCGUUUUCCCGGUGGUUUUUGACGAUUUUCUCAAGUGCAAGGAAAAUCGAGAAAUUUACUCCCCGUAUGACGAAAUUAACCGCCAGUAAAUACCGCUGAAGCUCAUGAUUGGAGCAAUAUUGUUCUUGUCGGAAAUGUUCAAACAAAGUGACGAAAAAAUGCACAACAUAGUGAAACAGAUAGUACCUACACUAAUUAUAUUCAUCGCUUCGAAUAUAUAACAGAUCUAUUGUGUUUGACCGAUAUUGAUGAGCUGGCAGUAGAAUUUACGGGUUGUUUUUUUUCGUUUGAGUACUCUUAAUACCAAAGAUCGGAUACAAAUCGACGGGAAAGCUUUUAAGUAUUAAAGCCCAUCGUACUCUUCCGACUCGAUCCCGAAUUUUCUCCCGAUGAAAUCUACGAGUGCCCAUCACAGUAGCCGCACAAUUGGCACGAAACGCGGUUACCCGUUUCGUAUUGUUUUAUAGUGUGCGGGAUUUUUAAACAAUACAAAAUUAGUUAUAUACGACUUAUCGUAGAAUACGAACGUUUUUAUACAAUUGAACACCAUCCAGUGCAGUCGGUACUACUAUAAAAUACUCAUCGAUGUUAUAAAUCCGAUUUACCGCAAUAGUCGGCUGGAAAAUUUCUCAAAAAAUAAAAAAAAAAAAAUAAAAAAAAAAAAUCAUUUUCACCGAUAUUAAACACAUGCAUCGAACAUAGGUUUUAGAUUAUGAAAAUACUGGGAAUUUUGUAUUGUGUCACGCGGUUUGUAAUAUCGCGUGCAGUCGAAAUAUUAAUAACCAUUAAUAAUUAAAUAAUUCGUUAUUCUCUUCUCCUUCUUAUUCGGCUCUGUUGCGGCUCCUUGACUAUGACCAUAACAUACCGUUAAAAUAUGCUAUACCUGCUUUUUAUCCCUAUUCUCUACAGUUUCCUUUUAUUAAAUGUCCUGUUCCACUGGCUUAUAAUUACCUUUAGCACAACUCUUCCGCCUAAAAUGUCUCUGUAAUUUUCUUUUUGCUAUAUUAUCUUCUUUCUUACCUACAAUUUUGUUUGCCAUUUUCCGAUUGGAGCAAGUUUUUAUUCGAAGCCUUUUGUUCAAAGUUAUUCACAGACGGAAAAAAAAAACAUAUCAUAGUAGAACUAAUAGAUAUCUCUUGCUCCGUACCGAAUCUAAAACAAUAUAAUAAAAAUAAAACGGUCAUAUUUCACACGUGGCCGGGCACUGUUGUAGUUGAGAUGUUGGGAAGAUAUUAGGGGACAAAUUUAAUGAAUACCUGUAAUCAAUAAUUAACCAUUCCUAACGAAAAAACGAUUCUGAGUGGAGUUCAGUUAAUAGUAUUGCUUUGACAACAACAUAAUAUAUAUUACAUUAUAGUAUAAUAAUUAUAAUUAUCUCCAGUCAGAUUUCCUUUCGGAAAAAGUGCUAUUAUUGUAAAUAGGAAUAAGAUUUUUGGUCGAAAAUUUGCCCACAGAAAAAAAAUAACCAAAUAUCUUUGUAGAACCAUAAGCUUCUUCGGUCCACUCAGAAUCUAAAAUUAUGAAACGAUUAUUUACGUGAACUUUACCAUUAUGUCUAUGUUUUUUUUUCCCGGUUUUGCUCAAUUCUUAAGAAAACUACGUGGGAAAUCAAAAAAUGACUUUCUUAUUCCGCAACAAUAUCCAAAAUUCAAUAAAUGUUGUCUUUUUUCUACUGGAGCAAGAUUCUGUAGGGAAAAAUUGUUUACAGACAGGGAGAAAUACACACACACACACAUAUCAUAUUAAACCCAACACAUCACACCAUUACUCUCAGAAUCUGGAAAAACCGGAGUAUGAAACAUUUGAAAUGAUGAAACAAGUCAAAAAAGAUGCACUGCAACUAAAACGGCUUCCGCAUGACAUAGGUAUCAUGUAUUAGUAUGGGCUUAAAAAUAAACAUACAAUAAAAAUAUUAGUAUUCCCAUAGAUUUGAAUGCGUACUCGAGUCACCCUUAAAGGAUUUGUCGAUUUUAUUUUUCAGACGACAACCGCGACUCUAGCAGGGCGGACACUCACUUUGUACUGGAGGGCCGGUGCACGAGCGUCCAGCGACUCCACGUCCGCAAAACCAGCACGGCGUUCGGUCGAGAACAUUUUACGUUGGUCCCGGAUGGGCGUGCCAGAGACGAGGCAGGUCGCACGGUAUAUGUGAAGAUGUCCGAUCUAGGUCCGGGUUCGGUAUUUGGCCUGGGUAAGUGUGGAAUUACGUGACCGACACACUUUUUACCGAAAUAAUUAAUUGAACUAUAAAUUCUCUUUGUAGUUCUCAUCCCUGUGAGCGAUAUCAAAAAAAACAAAAAAACAACAGAAUUUGAUUAUUAUUAUUAUUAUUUCAGGAGAUUUUGUCACGGGUAUAUCUUUGUAGGACACUCCGUAUAAUGUCGGUGGAUAAAACGAAAUGUGUCCGUCAUUUUUAAUCUUAAUGUAAACUUCUUUUUUUAACGCCAUCGGGUUUUUUCCCACGUCUUUGUGUCAUAGGCGAAAAGCGCCCCGGACGGCUAGUGGUGGCCACGACGGAAGUCAGGUGUUUGCUGGUGCCGUUGGCGUUCCUCGCCAAACACAACGCGUCAAACAUUUGGGGCCGGACCGUGUGCGCCCUGGACGCAUCUGAACCGACGGCCGAACAGUCGUUCCGCAAGUUCGUCGUGGACAACAGGUGGGAAGAGUAUAAGAGGUCGCUGGCCGCCGAAAUUUUGGGGAACCGCGACCGCCCGUCGCCGUCCCGGCCGCCGUGGAGACGAUGA